AUGGCGAUACGCUACGAGGCCGACGGUGGUCGCACCGGCGGCAAGGUCGGACUGCUGAGCUGGCCUGCGGCUGACGCCAGUAGUAGCCAGGAGCAUCGCGUCCUCCUCUGCGUCUCAUGCAGAGUCGGGAUUCGGCCAGACGACGGCAUACGACUACACUUCUGGCGGACGCACCGUGUCAAGGGCGAGGCACUACGCCAGAUCGUCGACUACAGCUACGCCGCCGAGCCAAUCGCGAAUCCUCACACCGUACCACUACCAACCGACGGAUCACCCCAGAUAGAGCAGCUGCUGGCCAUCGACGGCUUUAGCUGCUCAGACUGCCGUUUCCUAACGACGAGCCGGAAACUAAUUAGGGUCCACCGCUCGCAGGCGGGACACGACCAUACGACCAGCUGCCGUGGCAGUAACAGCGACUGGAAUGAGGUACGGCUCCAGACCCUGUCGCCGAGGAGCUAUGCCCGGGGCCUAACUGAGUCGACCUGGGUCCGCGAGAUGGGUUGGGCAAGGCACCUAGCCGGCACCGAUAUGGGCGAGCACCUACAGGCGAGCCUAAGUGCUCUAUCUGCUACGGCGCGUGUCAAGCUCCGAAGUGAGGUAGAGAUUAUUGAGGAGCAGCGACUUCUCCGGCUCGGGGUCAGCUUUGACCGGCAGAUCGGAAAAGGCAUCGAGCGGGUCGCGCAGGUACCAAACGAGGUGCUCCGAUACCUCGCAAGCGUCGACCCUAACCGCCCAGCAGGCGCCCCGUUUAAGACGGAGAACGGCCAGGACACGAAGGACCGGUACCAGGUCUACUGGAAGCGCUACCUCUGCUACUGCGUCCGGGUAGGGCGGCUCGGCCGGGAAGUAGCGACGGAGAGGUUCCGGAUCCGGUUUAACGAUCCCCAGUGGGCUUCGCUCGAGGAGAUCAUCCAGCGACUAGAGACAAACUCCGAUAGCGACCGGGAAGCCAGUACCUCUCCAGCCUCGUCAAGCCACAUCGGGUCUGAAGAGCCAGCUACUCCAGGAGGCGAGGUAGACGAGGAAGAGGACCGAAUCGGGGACCCGGUAGACCAGGCUGUAAUGGCUUUCUGUAUCAGGUCGCUCCAGCAGAAGGUUGCCGUCCACUUAUUUGAUAACCCGCUCCUACACUUCACGUGCGUACUCGGGAUCAGCAGUACCCGGAAGAGCUACGCCUGGCGGCCAGCUACUGAAUACACAACUCAGAUAGCAGGGCUCAUCUGGUGCGCGCGUCUCCUCCUGCUAGAGCAUAUAUUCGCAGCCGAUGAAUGUAGCGAGGAUAUCGGCCCAGAAGCCAUCGAGUACUUCCUGACGCAGCACCGCGACUGGCUCGCCGAUGGCUCGUUCUCGCCCUUCAGCGCGAUGAUCCGGAUGAUGGCAUACGGGAAGGGCUUCCGCAAGAAGGAGGGCGGCACGCCACGACUAAUGUGGGAGGACAGCAAGGAGGCACUACGAUAUCUUGGCCAGCGCAUCCCGCUUAACGACUUCCGGUUUAUGGCGGCUAGCAUUAUUACGGAUGCAGAGGAGCUUCUGGAUCAGCUUAUGUUCGGAGAGUGGGUUUCGCUUAGCCAGAUCGUCGUGCUCCGACGGAUCACGGAUAGCCUUAGCUUCGAGGGACCUGGGGCGUCAUUUGCUACGCACGAGAAGAACAGCUGGCUCGAGCCAGGCUUCCGGAAGCUCGUCGGUCCAGGUAUUGCUCAGCUCUGGGACGACGAAGUAGGAAACUUCCGUAUGGCUCAGGUCCAGCAGUGGCUCAACCAGCUCCAGUCAUUCCGCCAGGCUCUACUCGUCAGUACCCACACGUGGGGAGGUCAGCCCGGCAGAGGGCCAGAGAUCAUGACGAUCCGGCACUGCGACACGCAGGAUAUGCUCCGGAAUGUCUUUGUGUUCGACGGCCAGGUAAUGCUAGUUACAGACCGCGAUAAGGCUAAGGCUAUCCGCGGAAUCGGCCGCAAGGUUGCACGGUUCUUACCAGAGACGGUUGGCCGACUAAUGGUCGCCUAUAUCCUAUGGAUCCUACGGCGGAUCUACUAA